UUUGAUAUAUCAAAGCUUAUAUACAAUAGAGUUCCCAAAUGUGGAAGCACUACAUUAAUAACACUAUUAGAAAACUUAUCGAAAUUAAAUCAUUUUAAACAUUAUAAUUCAAAAAUAUAUAAUAAACGUUUACUUAAUUUCAAACAACAGAAAAUAUUUAUUAAUGAAUUAAUGCAAUAUUCAGCUCCUUUUUCAUAUGACAGACACAUCUACUUUAUAAAUUUUGAAUUAUAUAAUGUAUCAAAUAUUCCCAUUUAUAUUAAUAUAAUACGAGAACCCGUAGAAAGAGUUAUAUCGAGUUAUUAUUAUAGAAGAUUUGUUGCAUUAAAAUCAAUGACAAACAAUUUGACGGACAAAAGCAAACCAAGCGAUUACUGGUUUAAUAAAAGCUUUGAAAAAUGUGUGUUCAAUAAAGACUCUGAAUGUGAUAUCAAUGCUAACAAUUCAUUCAUAAUGUCUUUAUUGCCAUAUUUUUGUGGACAACACCGCAAAUGUUUGGAUGUCAACAGUAAGUGGGCUCUGGAGGCGGCAAAACAUAACAUUGAAAAACAUUAUAAAGUGGUCGGAAUAUUGGAGUACUUUAAUGUAACAUUAAAAGUAUUACAACACAUAAUACCACAAUUUUUUGAAGGUGUCCUAAACUCGUAUUACAAUAAUGAUAACAAUAAAAUUCAUAAAAAUAAAAAUAUACAAAAACAACAAAUAAGUCAUCAAAUUAAGAGCUAUCUAAAAGCUAAUCUCAGCAAUGAUUAUGAACUCUACGAGUUUGCAGUCCAAAGAUUGUUCAAACAAUACAAAUAUAUUUUGCAAGAAUCUAAUCGUACAUUAUUUUAA